UUUAUAACGUGCUUCGCUUCUCUAUUUCACUCUUCUCUAAGCCCUAGCCGAUUCUCUCUCUCUUAGAAGGGCGUGGAUCGAGAGCUUCAGCAAUGGCCUUUGUCAGAGCUCAAAAGAGCAAGGCUUACUUCAAGAGGUACCAAGUUAAAUUCAAGAGAAGGAGAGAGGGAAAGACUGACUACAGGGCUAGGGUUCGCCUGAUUAAUCAAGACAAGAACAAGUAUAACACUCCGAAAUAUCGCUUUGUUGUGCGAUUUACUAACAAGGAUAUUAUUGCCCAAAUAACAUCUGCUAGCAUUGCUGGUGAUAUAGUCCUUGCUUCUGCAUAUUCUCAUGAGCUACCUCACUAUGGACUUGAAGUUGGUCUGACCAACUAUGCUGCAGCUUACUGCACUGGGCUUCUCUUGGCUCGCCGUGUCUUGAAAAUGCUUGAGAUGGAUGGUGAAUAUGAAGGCAAUGUGGAGGCAACUGGUGAGGAUUACUCUGUUGAACCCACAGAUAGCAGGAGGCCAUUCCGUGCCCUUCUUGAUGUUGGACUUUUGAGAACAACAACUGGGAACCGUGUUUUUGGUGCUCUGAAGGGAGCACUGGAUGGUGGCUUGGACAUUCCUCACAGUGACAAGAGAUUUGCUGGAUUCUCAAAGGAUAGCAAGCACCUUGAUGCUGAGGUUCACCGAAAGUAUAUUUAUGGUGGCCAUGUUAGUGCAUAUAUGGGGACUUUGAUGGAAGAUGAGCCAGAGAAGUACCAAUCUCACUUCAGUGAAUAUAUUAAGAAGGGAGUUGAGCCAGAUGACAUUGAGGAGAUGUACAAGAAGGUUCAUGCUGCCAUCCGUGCAAACCCCAUUCAAAAGAAGGUUGACAAGCAGCCACCGAAAGAGCACAAGAGGUACAAUUUGAAGAAGCUGACCUACGAGGAAAGGAAAGCUAAGUUGAUUGAACGAUUGAAUGCUCUCAACUCAGCAGCUGCUGAUGAUGAUGAUGAGGAUGAUGAAUGAAUGCAUCGCGCCCGGAUCUGAGCUUUAAUUAUUUUCUCUUCAUCUUCAGUACACAUGCUGCUGUUCUGGAGUUAAAUUUGGAACCUAGUUAUUUGUUGAAGUUACUUUUUGUUUUUCCCCCAUUGAAUUUUUGCAGCUUUGAAUGGUUCAGUUUUUAGAUGGAAAAAAGGGAUAAUGGAUUUUUUUAGCAUGGUUUGAAAUGCAAUGCCAGUUUUGACUUA